AUGGCGUGUCUGUGGAGCAUUUAUGUUGUGAACGUCUCACUCUCGUCAUCUUAUCUGGCCAAAUGGAAACACAAAAGCAAGCCAAGGCAACGGAAAAGGUUGGUCUUUACUCACCUCGCACCAUCAACCAAGGCAUUGAAGGGCCUCCUGCAAGGUGCUGCUUCCAUCUCCUGGAAUAAAACUUACGCCAAGCCGAAAACGUACGCCAAACUGUGGAAAGUGUUAUACAUCACUGAAGGUAGCAUUGUGACGAUUGCGAUUCUGGCGAAGGCAGGCACACCGUACCACAAGGCAUUACUCAAAUUCUACAACGACAUCAUCUUCAAGGCACAAAUGGACAAUAACACAGUGGCACUGAUCAACGACGACGACAGCAGCAGCCUCGAGGAAGCAUUCACCAGGCUCACCCUCACCCCAAGCACCAGCACCCCGGGCCAAGCCAGCCACUCUGGUGCUCACGCAGAGCGCCGUGCUGACUCAACUAUCAACACCGCAGGUUCAAUGUCACAUCAGCCUCAAUCCAUGAUGGCUGGACCCUCGCAACCCAUCGUUCAAGAGGUGGCACGACCCGCUAACACUAAGAAGGGGAAGAAGGCACGGGCACCUGCGAAGGGAUCGGCAACAGUGACAGCUGCAACGGAGAUGGCGGUCGGAGUGGCUGCUGCAGCGGAGAUGGCAGCGGCACUACUUUUUCGUGUGCAUCGUGUUUCGGUGAAGACAUACAGUACAGUUCCCCGUCUACCCGGUCCUGAUCUCUUCAAAUGUGCUUUUCUGUCCCCCAUCUGUUUUUGGAAUGGGCAUGCAUCCACCCACGUCAGGGUAUCGGUUUCCCUCAACACUCUCGAUUCCGCGGGCAGCGCCAAUUCGGUCCUCUUGAUCGAGCUCAACUUCGGUCCGAUCCAAAGAAUAGUUGAGGGAGAAGCGCGGAUGUGGUGGUCAAAGGACUGGGAUUGA